AUGGGACCUAUUUCCAAGAAGCGUAUGAUCAUCCGCGAUGGUGUCUUCUACGCCGAGUUGUUUGAGUUCCUGAAGCGGGAGUUGGCCGACGACGGCUUCGCUGGUGUUGAGCACCGCGUGACCCCCACCCGCACGGAGAUCGUCAUCCGCGCCACCAAGACCCGCGAGGUGCUUGGCGAGAAGGGCCGCCGCAUCCGCGAACUCACCGCCUGCCUGCAGCAGCGCUUUAACUACAAGGAGGGCAAACUGCAACUCUUCGCUGAGCGUGUGGAGGUGCGGGGCCUCUCCGCGAUGGCGCAGGCGGAGUCCCUGCGGUUCAAACUGCUCAGCAACCUGCAGGUGCGACGGGCGGCGAUGGGUGUGAUCCGCUAUGUGAUGGAGUCCGGCGCGAAGGGCUGCGAGGUGACGAUUGGCGGAAAGAUAAAGGGCCAGCGGGCGAAGAGCAUGACAUUCCGCGAUGGCUACAUGAUCAAGUCCGGCACAGCCCACAAGAACUUUGUCGAUGCCGCCACUCGCCACUGCCACCUCCGUGCGGGUACGAUUGGUGUGAAGGUGAAGAUCAUGCUGCCCACAAGCAAGAAGGGCCAGGAUGAGCCACUCCCCGAUGUGAUCACCGUGCUGGACCCUAAGGUCAUUGAGGCAUAA